GGCAGAUCAUAAGUAGGAACCAUGUUCCUAUUCAUACUGUUAUUAUUCACAAUCUUUGUUUUGACGGCAGCUUAUCUAAAAGGAAGAUACAAUGAAACAUAUUGGCGAAAGAGAGGAGUGAAAUUCGAUAACAGGAAUAGAUUGAUGGGUCCCUUUUGGGACUUCAUUACUGGCGACAGGGCUUUUUUUGAAAUACUGGUGGACAUGUACAAAAAGUACCCCGAUGAACCAGCCGUAGGCUUUGGGAGUUUGUGGACGCCGGCGCUGUAUGUCAAAGAUGUGACAAAUGUCCUUUACGUGGUGCAGGGAUCAAUGUUUAUCGAUAGGGGAGUCGAUUACAUUGAAGACGACUACUUAGCAGACAAUAUACUAUUCAUGAGUGGCGCUCGGUGGAAGCUGAUGAGGCAAAAGAUGACCCCACUUUUUACGUCAGCUAAGCUCAAAAACAUGUACUACAUUAUGGACAAGAGUGCUCAGGACUUUAUCGAGUACUUGCAUAAUCAUCCUGUUAAGCAAAAGCCAAAAGAGACCUACGAGACGUUGACUACUUUCUGCUGCGCUGCUGUUGGCGCUGCGGUCUUCGGGGUCAGCAGUAAAUCUACAUUCGAUUCACCCUUCUUGGAUAUGGCAAAAAAAGCGGCACGAGCGAAUUUGUUGACUAAUAUAAAGUUUGCUUUAGCGAGCUUGUCUCCAAAACUAUUCAAAGCGUUACGCUUGAAGUUCUUCAAAGAAUUUGAACCAUUUUUUAUUGGAGCUAUGAAACAGGUGUUUAGGCAACGCGAACAAGAGAAUGUGAAAAAACAUGAUUUUGCUGACAUCUGCUUGAGCAUCCAGAAGAACGGAGUUAUGAAAAAUGAAGAUAAGAAUAUAGAAAUGCAACCAACAGAUGAACUUUUGGCGGCGCAAGGUUUCUUUUUCUUCAUUGCUGGAGUAGAGCCAGCGGCAUCCUCUGUAUUUGGUGCUAUGAUUGAAAUAGGCAGACAUUCCGAAAUCCAAAAAAGAGUUCAGGAGGAAGUUGAUAAUGUAUUCGAUAAGUACGAUGGGAAACUGUCAUUUGAUGCCAUAUCAGAAAUGGAGUAUUUAGAUAAUGUUAUCAAUGAAGCUCUAAGAGUGUACCCUCCGAUUGGUUUUUCGACCAGAAGAUGUACGGAGGAUACGGUGCUACCCGUUGGAAAUAUUAAAAUCGAAAAGGGUACUGCCAUAUUCACGCCUAUUUACGAAUACCAUCACGAUGCUAAAUACUUUGAAAAUCCACAGGAGUUCAACCCUGAUCGGUUUGCUGACAAGAAAAAUCUUGGUGCUAUUUAUCAACCAUUCGGCUUCGGAAACAGAACGUGCAUCGGAAUGCGAUACGCGAAACUCCAAGUGAAGUGUGGCUUAGCUCAUAUUAUUCAUAAUUUCGAGCUGAAAACUGUUGUUGGCAAAGGUGGCAUUAAGUUUCAUAAAGAGCAGGUGCAGUUGCGAAUCGAAAAUGUUGACGUUGAGUAUAUUCCUAGAAAGGAGAAACGUAUGUAGGUGGUCAGUGGAUUCAUUAAGAGUUGCUUUUAAAAGUAGCAAAGUAAAAAUCUCGUUUUUGCAUAUAUUUAUCUUAAUGGUUCUAAUAAAUAUAAGGUAUUAGGUACGGAGAAAAGUUAGAUUAAAGAACUUCAGACAAAUAAUUUUCAGACUUGCGUUAGAGACUCAUUCAAAUGACAUUUUCGAAUGCGCUUAACAGAUACGAAUACAGUACACCAAGCUUUAUCUUGUUCUUUAUUAGUAUACUUACAUGACUUUUGCCCUGUUACAUUAUAAUGUUUUUUGUAUAGAAAAAUAAAAGCCUGAACGUAAUUUAUAUCUGCGUAUUAUAAAUUAAGUUUAUGUAUGUGUGUGUGCGUGUAUAGUUUGUAAUGAUGUAAUCAAAUAAAAAAUAAGUUACAUUGUAGCCGUCCGUAUUAAAAUUGUUAUUAUUAUACAUAUUGUCAGCUUAGUUUCACUGUGAACCGAUUCCUUUGAAUAAUAAGUUACAGACAGUCCGCACAUUAUUAAUUAUCAGUUUUACUGGUCAGUGAUAAGUGUACACAAGGUUAACAAUAACAACAACUGAAUUUAAAUUAAGUACGUACAAUAAAAAAAAGUUUAAGUACAGUAAUGUAAAAUAACAAUAGUGUUGACAUUAAACAAAUCCUGAUUCAUAAACACCCGGUAUAUCAUAUUAUCUAUGGUCGAUUUCAUCUCAUUACAUUUUCUUUUCACACGAAUAUUUCUCGGAUUUGGUGUUUUGGUGUCUCUUGUUUUUGCUGCACGCAUGCAAUUUCAAGAGCCGUUUCUCACCAGUGGUCCACGUAACAAGUUCACCUGGGUGGACUCCAGCGACUCGUCCUGACCAACCAGUUAUAUCCAGACGAUUUCUGCAUUCAGCUUGUGUUGCUUUAUCUGAUAUGAUUCAAGUUUUUCAAUCUCUAAAUAUUAUCGCAAUCUUGUUGCGAUGUACCUAUUGUGAUUGGUGGUGUUUUGAAACAGGAAGUAUUUUAUAUACAUACGAUUGUGUGCUGCAAUGGCAAUGGUGUUAGAGGCUUGGUUACCGGUUGUGAGCGUAGUCGGGUCGUUUUCAGAUAUAUCAGUGCUUCUUUUUGCUUAGUUAUUAAGAAAUCUAAUCAUAAAACGGAUACGAAGUAUAGAAUCAUAUCGUGACAAGGAGGAGUACACGACUGCAUGUUUGAUAACGAUGACUAUUGCUUCUCUAUGCCUGCUAUUUAUGUUCUGCGGUAUCAUUAAAAUAUCCGACAGCCAGUACAACAUGCCCGUGAAAAACACCAGUAAGUCCGUUUGCGAUGACGCCAACAAUACGUCUAUGGUGGAGCAUUUCUUCAACGUGAUCUUCACCGAAUUCCAUAGCAACCAACCAGUCUGCGUGUGCGUACAAAUGUGUGGCGAUCAGCCGACUUACUGCUACCCCAAUGGUUGCUUGAAGAGAGUGGACAAUAAAAAGAGAACCAGCCCUUCGCCGGUCACUCAUAUUCACAACGAGGGCUCCUCCAAAACCAUGUUUUUGAUUGAUGAGAAGAACAAUUACGCUCAAAUUUUGAAUGCACGUGUAGAUCAAACUGAUAAUGCUCCAAAAACAACGACACCAAGCGAUUUCUUUUCCGAUCCUUUGAAAGACAUGUAUAAAACACUGUUCAAAUACAAAAAGAUGCCGAAAGUAGAACUCCAUUAUAACCUACGCGAACAAGUGAAGAACAUGAAGUCGGAUAUUCUGAGGGUGGAGAAUGAAGAUAUAUCAAAAACUAGAUGGUCACAGUUAAACCAUAAAACAUUUCACGACCAAAUAAAUUAUGCUAACGAUAAACUUAAUCAAAGAAGAUUCUUAGAUACUGGCAAAGGUAAGUUCUUCCUUUCCAGUCCUGAGAGAAGUCCUAACAGUUACACAUCAAAAUAUUUCAAACGAGAUUUGAGAAGGAAUCACAAUGUUGGUGUCGAUGGUGUGAUCGAUAAAACUGAUACGACAGAAAAGGAUUUCUCAGUAGAAAACUUAAUUGAAAACCUAAUAGGGAAUACUUUUGAAACAAUGAAUAGUACCAAAUAUGCUCGGGAGAAUGAUAAUAAGUUAGACGGAAGUUCUUCAAAUCAAACAACCAGUGCAACGGAAACAAGUAGUAACUAUACAAAUGUUGAUAGAAAAGAAAUGUUAUGUGCUAUCUCAAUGAAUGCUACUGACGAAAGCAGAGAUGAAAAGAAGUACGCUGAAGAAAGCAAAGCGGUCGAAGAAGUAUUUAGAAAAUGGAGUAAUUACACUUUCGACGAAAUGAUUACUGCUCUUUCGAAACGAAUAGAAGAAAACAACAAUACAAGUUUGGAGAUGAUAAAACAGGCUUCCGAAGUUGACCGCAGUUUGACAACAAAUAAAUCAUUUCUAAGCUCUACUGGUGUAGUUAAAGUAGAAAUUGUUGCACAAAAAGCGCUUAAAGAAAAUAACGAUAGUAAUUUUAGUACAACUACUAAUGAUACAUCUUAUCACCUUGUGACCACUGAAUCAUCUAGUCAAAAUAUUAUUUAAAGAAACAACAAUGAUUGAUGAUGAAUGACGAACGAAAUGAAAAUAUAAAAUGUUAUUUUUUUACGUAUUACAUCCUAGGGGCCGCCCAUGACUUUGACAGCGUUACCUUUAGUUUUUUACUUAGAUUUAAUCAAAAAGGGAAUAUACGGUACGCUCACACUAGCAUCAAAUAAAAUAUGCUCCGACUCAAUUAAGCAACUCUCACGCACGCACACUUUUGUAAAUAAACAUUUAAUCGAGUGAGCCAGACAGAACUGUACGUUUCAACGCAGAGCGAGCGAAACGGCGAGCCUGCGUCGUUUGGCAACCGACUGCGUUUUAUUUUCUCUCUCUAAAAAUGGGCGAGCUGCAUUGUUGUCCUUUUCUUGAUAACAAAUGGCGAAUAAGUAAAUAACAUUCAUGACAAACCGUCAUUAUUGAGAAAAAAUGAUUUAAAAUAGUUAUCUGAAUGAAAAGUUUUGUCGUGUUUGUUAUUUGAUCUUGAACUUUUUGUUCUUUGUAAAAGCAUCGAAGGCAUUGUUUAUAACAUAGAAUAUACACUCGAGUGCGUAUGCAGCGUGUUUGAAUGUCUAAUUGUGACUUAAGCGAAUUGUGGUUUUGCACCACAAUUUAAGUGGUACUCUUUUGAGCCGCGAGUGCCUUAUAAUCUCUUUUUGUUUUACUCGUAAUUUAGAUUAUGGAAUUCCACAGGAACCUAACAUCUUUCCGGGAUAGAAAGUAUCCUUUGUCUCAAUCCAGGUACUAUACGUGUAAGAAAUUUCAUCCAAAUACAGAUAUUAUUAAAAUAUUUGAAUUCGAAGACAUACAAAUAUCGUUUCUAUUUGUAAGAAUUGAAGGUGGUAUCAAAUUUAUGUGAUGUUUUUAGCAAUAAAAAAAUGAUUAAAUUCCUGGAGACUUACAACUUAUUUGUAAGGCAACAAAGUGUGGAUAUUAAAGAGUGGACGCGAUUUUCUAUUAAGUUUCAAGGAAAAGUUUUUCCAUUUCAUCCUUUAGAGUUGAGACGGUACUGGCGGCACUUGUGGCGGGUUGGGUGAUAAUAAGAUAAGAUUGUUAGCGAUGAAUUACUUUUUAGGGAUUCGUACUCAACGGGUAAAAUCGGAACCCUAUUGCUGUUACUCUGUCGUCGUCUGACACUCCGUCUUCUCUUGAUUACGGACCUAAAAUUUUGGUAAGUAUUUUAUGUAAAAUACUUGCCCAAAACCGAAUAUUUAGUUAUUCUUUUUUUCUUAUUUAUUUUUAAUAGUAUUCUUUUAAACAAUAGAUAAUCUUUAUAUAACAAAAACUUAAAAACUACUUGUUGAAUAAAAUUUACAUUCCAAAUUACCUUAACC